AUGCUGAGACGUGAAGCCGUCGGAAUGCCGUUCAGAAACUUAUACGCGGACAAGAGUGAGUAUUAUACAGAGAAGAAGUUACGAUGUCCAAGGAUCGAAACCUCCUUAGACCAACAAAAGUUUGCAAUUUUAGGAAGGAGCUGGCUUCCGAGACCCAAUUUUCUUAAAUUCAGAAGCCAGGGUUUCAUUUAUUUGGUCCGCGCCAUGGAGCAGCGGCUGUGCGAAUGGCCGGCGGGCACAGAAGGCGCGCCUAGAGCCAUCUCGCGACUCGAGGGGCAGAUUGAAGAACAGAAACAGCUAAGACUCCAGGACGCGAAGCAGGUGGAAGCGAAAGCAGCACGUAUCAAAGAGUGGGUGACGAAUAAACUACGAGAGCUGGAACAACAGAACCAGUUACUACGGGAACAGAACGACCGCUGCAACCAACAGUUAGAACUACUUAGGAACCAUAUAGCAGCCCAAGGCACCAGAAACUGUGCUUUCCUACCGACAAGAGCGAGCCUCUCUCUUGAAGUGAGGACGGAGGAGAGCUCCACUAGAUCAGCAACCAGUCUUUUGGCCUCAAACCGAAGGCGCUCAGAGAGCCUUGAAGGGCCCCAGUUGCCGAUUACGUCAUCGGAACCGCACUAUAGCACUCCGGUGCGGCAUCGAAGGAACCUGUCAAUAGGUACCACAAACCUUGCCACUACCAGUCAGGCGGCUCUCACCACCAUGAAUAGGACCAUGGACGAGAGAACUACCGCCAGUCUGUUGGCCGACGACCUAGCGGUAACUUUUGAAGAUCCCAUAGCGCGUGCUAACCGUAACAUACAUGCAGUAUGGUAUGAGUAUGAAACUUCCUUUGAUAGCUUGGUCUCUGAAAGAGCUCGCAGUUUACACAAUAGAGAUCGAGAAAGUAGUUUCGAUUAUCGCCAACCCGUGUUGCCUUCAUACUCCACAGGCGUACCGGAGAUAAGUUUUCACAAGACGGCCGUUGAAAAUCUGGUCGUGUUGCCGACUACACCAAAUACGUCUACAGAUGGCGACACUACGCAUGAUUACGCUGAAAUAUACACACCAAGUAGAGAACGUACUCCCGCGUGGCAAGGUGCUGUCAACGUGGUAGUGCAAGGAGGCAACAGUCGGGGAGGAUCAUCUACCGGGGACAGUUCCACGUCAGAACAGCCGAGGCCACCCACUCCUCCUUUACACAGGUUCCCCAGCUGGGAAGCGAAGAUAUACCAGGUCGCAGACGAUGGACUCCAACAAUCUGUGGAAGGUGAACUGAGCCCCCCUCCGUGUACCCGGCCGAUGCACGAGUCCACCAGUUACCAAGACAUCUCCGUCCCUGUCUACGCCACUGUAAAAGGGCGCGCUAGUCAGAUAAGGUCAAUGCCGUUUACUGGCGACUCAUCAGAUGAUUCUUCUGACGGUGAAGAAUCUAUGGGUGUCACUGUACAUAAUACUCCACAUCACAACCCAAUUUAUGGUGCUCAAACAUCCAACCAAGUGCCGAUGCCCAUAAACAAUGUAAACCUAACAAGUGUCCUACCAGCUUCAAUACAACAGACGUCCAAUCACGCGUUGGCGCUAACCAACAGUGCUAAUGGACAGUGCAGUUCAUCUGACACCAGUUUGAGCGCCAGCAGUCCAUCGAAAAGUGUGAAAACAAGCUCUAGUUUGAGUCCAGCGAAGAGGUCUAGUAGUGGAUCGCCCAGUAAACAGAGCAAGACGAGAGACACGUCGUUCGAGUCGGGCAUGUCGGACGACUACGCGAUCCCGCCGGACGCGGUGUCGUGCGACAGUAUGGCGUCGCCAUCGCUCGCGUCGCUGUGCCGCGCGCCGCCCGCCGCCGAGUCACCGAGGCGUCACGACGCUUUAGAGAAGAGCGGCCAUCUUGCUAAACUGGGCGGGAAACUGAAGACUUGGAGGAAGAGAUGGCAAGUUUUAUCGAUAAAGAUCAAUUAG